AUGGGACAACAAGUCAUUCCAUCAUCAUCAUCGACCACAAAAAACAAUAGUUUUAAAAAAAUACAUGAUCAGACGAUUGAUGAAUUUCUUUCGGAACACACUGCUGUUCGGUAUUUUGAAGAACAUAAAACCGUACUCAAUAUGAAAAAUCAAAGCGUGCUGGAGCAAGAGCUGCCCACGGAAUUAAUAUUUGAAAUUCUUACUUAUUUGCCUCCCAUUGAGUUAUGGAAACUUUCUUGUGUGAGUCAUAAUUUUAGAUUUUAUUGGACAGAAUAUCCAUUAUUGUGGUGUUCAACACAUGAAAAGAAAUGUUUGGUUUCUGAAAUUUUGAAACAAAACAAACAACUGUUAAAGAAGGAAAACUCUUCACGGUUUUAUUGGAGAAAUAUUUAUUUUGAAAUUCUGGAAUCGUACCUCUCAACGCCAAAAUGUUUUAUUGAAUUUUGUGAGCAAUGUAAAAUAGGAAGAAUUUAUGGAGAAUUUAAUAGAGUGAUAAAGAUUGGAUUCAUUGGACCACAGGAAUGUGGUAAAACGGUUUUUACACAAUGCAUUGGAAAUUUGGAUUACAUUCUACCAACGAGGUAUAUUCCAACGAUUGGUGCUGAAUAUGUUUGCCAAUACUUGAAUUAUAUCCCACCACGGGAAGAUCCUUUUUGCAUGAAGCUCGAUGUUUGGGACAUUGCAGGAGACGAGAAAUUUUCUUUUUUACGGCAAACAUAUUCAAGAGGACUAAAUUCUGUCUUUUUUUGUUUUGACAUUGCCUCAAUGGCAAGCUUUAAAAAGAUGACAAGUCAUUUAGAGGAGUUUUUCGAAACGCGUAUCGGUAGCAUUAUUGGAAGGGACAGCCCACCAGAAAUUCAUAGAAAAUUUUGUGAAAGCUAUUAUGAAUCAAUUGGCAUAUUGGGAAUGAAAUGUGAUUUAGAGAGAGGUGUAACACGUGAAAAUAUCAUGCAGCUCAUGUCAAAGAUUUCUGACCUAUCAGUUCCGUAUUUACAACGAAAAGUAGCCUACUUUGAGGUUUCCUCUAAAUCAAAAGGUAACUCUUUUUUCUUUCCGCUGAUGUAUGCAUGCCAUUCUCUCAUCAUGACUGCCUCGUCCUAUCCUCACAAGCUCACAUUACUCACUGACGAAAAUAUGGAACAAUUCUCUGAUUAUGGAUUUCUGGAUUAA